GUUCUUCGAGCACUGCCUGGUAAUGUUACUCUAAAUAGCCUGCAAGCUGACUGGUCAGAGCAGAGAGCUAUUCCUUCCAGGUGCAUGCCUGUAUAUAAAAACCUCUGGAGUGUGCAUCUGUCCACAGGAAACUUGAGCACCUUCUGUCACAGCAGCUCUUCUGGCAUGAUCUCUGCACAGCAGCCACCAUUUCCCAACAAAAUUCAAGGAAUAAUGGACUGCCAAACAGAGGAAGCAGAAACCUGUGAAAAGCAAUGCGACUCCGAUGACUGUACUUGGAGCUCCAAUUGUUCAUCAUCAACAGCAGGUUUAACCCAAUUUAAAUGCUAUUCACCCGUAAUUCUUAAAAUACUACAGAACUGGGUUCCUAGAGUUUCACACUACUUCGAUAAAGAGCACUACACGUACGUAGGCCACCAGAUCAUCAUUCAAGAGUCCAUAGAACACUUCGGAGCUGUGGUGUGGCCGGGGGCACUGGCUUUAUCUCAGUAUCUGGAAUCAAAUCAAGAACAAUUCAACCUCAAAGACAAAAAAGUUUUGGAAAUUGGUGCUGGGACAGGCUUGGUUUCCAUCGUGGCCUGUAUUUUAGGAGCUUACGUUACAGCUACUGAUUUGCCUGAAGUUCUCGAAAAUCUCUCAUAUAAUAUCUCAAGAAAUACACAAGACAUGAAUAUUCAUAAACCUGAAGUGAGAAAACUGGUAUGGGGUGAAGAUCUUGAUGAAGACUUUCCUGUAUCAACUUACCAUUAUGAUUUCCUACUGGCAACUGAUGUGGUAUACCAUCACACAGCUCUCGACCCCCUGCUAGCAACAAUGGUGCGAUUUUGUAAGCCAGGAACAGUAUUACUAUGGGCAAAUAAAUUCAGAUUCAGUACUGACUAUGAAUUUUUGGAAAAACUUUGCAAUAUAUUUAAUACAACCAUUCUAGCAGAAUUUCCAGAAUCAAAUGUCAAGCUCAUUAAAGCCACAGUAAGAGAGAAUUAAAACUAUUACUAACUUUUAUUGAAUGGCAGCACCUUACCGUUUGGAAUGUUCUGCAGCAUUACAGCGCACCUUCUGUGCAUUAUGUUCGUAAAGUUGUAUCUGAGUUUUGCAUUACAAGCUAUGAAAAAACUGGCAAGACAAAUGAUAUAGCAAUUUGUCUCUGGUUGACAUAUAUGACACGUUUAAACAGACCAACUUC